UUUCGAAACAACUUCUCCUUUUUAAACAAGCAAACGAGCCACAAUUCUCAUCUCAGAUUUCUCAUCAUUUCACAAUUCACAAGUAAAGCAUAUACAAGUACACUCACUUUUUUCUAGUGUUAAAAGAAAAAAAAGACUUAAUCUUCCUUCAUGACUUACUCCAAAGCUUUUCUCUACUUGAUCUUUUUCUUUUCUUUUCAUUUGUUCACUGUUUUUUCCACUGAGUUCACUGUUGGUGGUCACAAAGGUUGGGUUAUCCCUGAAGCGAAAGAUGAUCAACUAUACAAUGAGUGGGCUUCAAAAAAUAGGUUCAAGGUUAAUGACACCUUAAUUUUUGAGUACAAAAAAGACUCGGUGUUGGCAGUGACUCAGGCAGAGUACGAGAAGUGCAAAUCAGAGAACCCCAUUUUUUUCUCCAACAAUGGAAAAUCCAUCUACAAAUUGGACCGACCCGGCCUGUUUUAUUUCAUUAGUGGAGUAUCGGGCCACUGUGACAGGGGCCAAAAAAUGAUUGUCAAAGUAUUGGAACCAGCAAGCCCACCUCAAGUUGCAAAUCAUACUACUGGGCCUACUACUAGUGGUGCAACUCAGUUGGCUAAUGUUGUUGCUUCUCCAAGUGUUGUGGUGUUUGUGGUUUCAUUAUUUGGAGCUAUUUUUAUUUAGUUUAUAAAAAUAAAUGCUGGAAAAACAUUAGUUUUAGAAUUUAGGUUGCGUAGUGUG